ACAUUUUCCGCCAUCAUGCCUGCUUUUCAGAAAAAUGUGAAGCGCCCUGGCAAGAUAGCCACUGGUAAAGGGAAGAAGAAGAGAACAACGCUCCGAUACAUCGUUGACUGCACGCAUCCAGUGGAAGAUGGCAUCAUGGAUGUUGCCAAUUUUGAAAAAUACCUCCACGAACGAAUCAAAGUGGAAGGGAAAACCAACAACUUCGGCCACAACUUGUCUCUCGAGCGACAGAAGAACAAGAUCGUCUUGACGUCGGAGAUUCCAUUCUCAAAAAGGUAUCUGAAGUACCUGACAAAGAAGUACUUGAAGAAGAAUAAUCUGCGAGAUUGGCUGCGUGUGGUGGCGAGUUCGAAGGAAGCGUUCGAGCUGCGAUACUUCCAGAUAAACCAGGAUGAGGAAGAGGAGGAAGGAGACGAAUAAAAUGUCUGCUCGAUGAACAUUUUUAAAUGUGUAAUUCGCGACGUCUCUUUAAUAAAUGGUUUAUCGGAA